AUGUUUGUCAACAUAUACUUUGAGGCUAUUGACUUCCACCUGACCGACUACAACCUUUUGCAGGGCAUUCUGUGGCGCCUGGAGGAGGGCGAGUCUAGUCUUACCCCCUGUCCUGAAGAUGAGGAAAUUGAGAACUGUUUCUCUUUCAAGGUUCGUGGGUCUACACAGGCAGAAGCUUAUGCUAAUGCGAUCGAAAAAGUGAUGCGUUGGAUUCGACGUCUGCCUUCUCGCGGUCUUCCGUUCGACCGCGCUGAUGUCUUCCAGAGUGGCUUGGGUUUGAACUUUAUGGCGCCACAGUAA